AGUGUUGUAGUGACUCUCGCGAGAGUCAGACGCUACUGACUUGCGGUCAAGUUCACACGUGCGUGUGCACUUAUCCUGGUGUUGUUUCACUGUUGUGCUGCUUUUCACACGAGUUGUGUAGUGUUGUGCGAAUACGGUGUCGGUUGCCUAUGUUUAACACAAUUGGACAGUACAAAUUGGUGAGGUCCAAAAGCCAGGUGACAAGUGAUGACCCAAGUGAAGGCCACCAGUGACGGGAAGACACGUGAGUGCCGUAAGUGACAUAAUGCUGGAGCUUGUAAGCGGUCGGAAAGCGUCCUCAGGAGCGAUGCGACGUUGCCAACUGGUGCAGGAACGGGAGCGGAAUCUGCCUAAGAGACCUCAUAGUUAUCACGGCAAGCUGGUCGCUUCUAAGCUGCUGUGUUCCCUCAGAUGCAGCCAGAACCAAGUCAGUGCCGGGGGUUUCCCCAAGUCCAACACGUGGAGGUUCCAGCAACCACCUAAGAGCCAUGAGCGAGUAGGCAUGGAGGGCCAGUGUUCAAUGACACCAAGCAGCCCUGACAAGUCUUCAACACCUUCAGUUACCACCCUCAAGGUCCUCAACCCCAAUGGCACCUACAAUAUUGUCAAGUGUGGUGAAGCUAUUGACAUUAAGGGCAUUAUAUCUACAAUUACCAGCAAACUAGCGAUAGAGCCUCGGGUGUACCAGCAAUGCUAUGGCAUGAGGCUGCACCACACUGCCUCUGGGGAGAUGCAUUGGUUACACCAGGAUACCACUAUGACCCAGGUGCAAGAAAGGUUUGAGAAGAUCCACCCACUCAAUGAAUGGCACUGUGAACUCAGGAUAAGAUACCUGCCUUUAAACCUGCAACAUUUGUAUGAUAAAGAUAAAGCCACUUUCUAUUUCUACUACGAUCAGGUGCGUAAUGACUACCUAAGCCAUGAGAUCGGUGCCAGGAUAGACCAGGAUACAGCAGUGCAGCUGUGCUGUCUGGAGAUCAGGAACUACUUCAAGGAUAUGCCCCAAAUAGCUCUGGACAAGAAAUCAAACCUGGAAUACUUGGAGAAAGAGGUGGGACUACACAGGUUUAUGCCGAGGCCAGUACUGGAGGCAGCCAAACCCAAAAACCUGCGUAAAGCUAUCCAAGCCCAGUUCAAGAGGGUGGCUCAGCUCUCCGAGUCUGACUGUAUGUUUAAAUUCUUCGAGUUGUUGAGGACCCAGUACAACUACCACCAUGAGAAGUUUACCUGUGCACUUGGGUCUGGGUGGUCUAUACCAGUGGAGAUUGUUAUUGGUCCAGACUUAGGAAUAUCGUACAUGACGCCUAGGGCUCCUGUGCUAACCAAAAUCGCAGAGUUCUCGUCAGUGCUGGGGCUACAGACACUAGUAAGUGAUUGUGACACUCACCGCAAGGCUAUGCUGCAACUGAGGGUGGCGGGAGCUGCUGAGACCCUCACUAUCACCUGCCCCACCCUUGCUGAGGCUGAGAGCCUAGCAGACCUCAUUGAUGGUUAUUGUCGACUCAUCAAUAACAACAAUACCUCACUCUGGAGUCGAAAAGCUGCUAUUUGGAAGCGAUUCCCCUGUCCUUGUGCCUCUGCUAAAGAGUCAGCGAGGCAUAGGAGGGAAGAAAAUGAUCGUAAUGGCACAAUACUAUCAGAAGACUAUGCGGAGAUUGUGGAUGAAGAAGGAGAUUAUUCUACGCCUGCAACGAGAGACUAUGAGCUGAACCGCAGUCAAGUUGAGCUUGCAGAGAUCAUUGGAGAGGGUCAGUUUGGGGACGUCCACAAAGGCACAUGUAGGGUUAGAGACAACAGUGUUCCUGUGGCUGUCAAGACAUGCAAGGCUGAUGCGGACAUGGCCACAGCUGAGAAAUUCUUGGAGGAGGCUUACAUAAUGCAGCAGUUUGAGCAUCCACACAUAAUCAAGCUGAUUGGUGUGUGUUCGGACUCGCCUAUCUGGAUUGUAAUGGAGCUAGCCAAGCUGGGAGAGUUACGUGCUUACCUUAAGAGCAACCAGCCACGCCUGGACCUUGCCACCCUCAUCCUCUACACCUCACAGCUGAGCAAGGCCCUGUCCUAUCUAGAGAGCAAGAAGUUUGUUCACAGAGACAUAGCUGCACGCAAUGUCCUGGUGUCGUCACAUACAUGUGUGAAGCUGGCAGACUUCGGCUUGUCACGGUGGGUAGAAGACCAGAGCUUCUACCAGGCCUCCAAAGGGAAGCUGCCCAUCAAGUGGAUGUCACCAGAAUCCAUUAACUUCCGGAGGUUCACCACUGCCAGUGACGUUUGGAUGUUUGGUGUGUGUAUGUGGGAGAUUCUGAUGUAUGGAGUGAAACCUUUUAUGGGUGUAAAGAACAAUGAUGUGAUCGGCAAGAUAGAGAACGGAGAGAGACUAGCACUGCCCCCUAACUGUCCUCCACGGCUAUACAGCCUCAUGUCACAAUGCUGGGCUUAUGAACCCUCCAAGAGACCCACCUUCAAGGAGAUUAAGGAGACGCUGAAUGAAAUCCUCAUAGAAGAGAGGGACCAGCAGCAAGAAACCAUGAGAAGAGAGAACAGAAGGGUACAAGCUAUGUCCUGGGGAUCUAAUGGUUCGGAUGAUCCACCACCACCAAAGCCAUCUCGGUUUCCCAAUACGAGUGACUCCAUGUCCAACAACUCACUAGCCUCCACUGCCGUGAUGGGUAGCGAACGAGCCUCUGUCUCCACCUACAUCGUAGCCCAGAACCCUGAGGUGCUUGUCCAUCUGCUCAAAGAGAACGAGUCCCGGGGUCUGAAUCCGUCCGUUUACACCACUCCGGCCUCAGCGUUCAAUACUCUUGCGGGCUCGGGACCUCUGUAUGGGGACAGUCUGGUGGAUCUGAGUGGGAGCGGGUCAACUGACCACUAUAUAGAUAGUGAGCAGCAGCUGCUGGAGAGGCGGCUCAAGCAACAGCUGCGAGAGUCGGAGGAGGAUAGCAAGUGGCUGCAAGAAGAGGAGACUAACCUGAAGAAGAGGCUAUCACUGGCCCAGAGUCUGUCGGACAGUGAGUCAGUGGAAGGGGAUCUGCCCUCACCCACUGCUCCCACCCCCACCCUCGCUACCACCAGGUCCGACUCUUUGGACAGCCGUGGCAGUCAGGCAACCGGUUCUGAUGAUCGGAUUAUCGUUGUCAAGAAAAUGGAGCCAACGCCUACAGCUGACCUCGACAGGUCCAAUGAUCGUGUCUACGACUGCACUACUUGUGUUGUGAAAGCUGUCAUGGCUCUAUCUCAAGGAGUACAGCAGAGCCAGGCCUCACAGUACCUACAGUUAGUCAGGAAGGUUGGCUUGGAGCUGCGGGACUUACUAACCAGCGUUGAUACUCUAGUCCCUCUGUUUCCGUCCACCGCUCACAAAGAGGUGGAAAUGGCGCACCAAGUUCUCAGUAAGGACAUGUCAGAGCUUGUCAAUACCAUGAAGUUAGCCCAGCAGUACAGCACCACAACGUUGGAUGGUACCUACCGCAAGGCAAUGCUGUCGGCUGCUCAUGUGCUGGCCAUGGAUGCGAAGAACCUACUGGAUGUAGUGGACUCAAUUCGUAUGCGGUAUCCAGAUGUGGAUGCCCUCAUUUGUUCCCCACUCACUGCUGAUGACUCCCUCCCCCCUCCCCCCGCUCCUGAUAGCUAGCCUUCUCCCUCCCUCUCUCAGCUUCAAGCCAAAAACAGCUCACCUCCAUAAAGACUUAUACUAUCUAUGCAAUGUUGAUAUUAUUGUAGAUUGUAAACAAUUUUAAUUAUUUUCUCCUAUCAUACGGUAGUAUUUAAUAAAUUUAUGGAUUUAUAAAUAUUUAUUGUAUAGUAAUGUUUGAUUUCGUAACAAUUUGUAUAUUUUAGAGUGCUUCUUGUGUGGUUUGAUAAUGAACGGUUUUGAUAUAAUUUAAACAUUGUUAGUGAUCACUGAAAUAAUGCAAUGUGGGGAUUUGAAAGUUUAAACAUAAAUCACGUUGGCUUCAUGUAUAUUUUUGAUCCAAGAUUAAUUCCAGAGUUUUUGCAUGGCUUGAGAUUAACCUAUAUAUAGGUAUAAAAUCGCAAGUAGAUACUUUAGAAUCAAUUUUGCUGAUCAUUAUUCAAGUAGCACACUGUUUGAACCGCAGAUUGAAAAAGCAGUUUUGCUAGUUGUAGACUUGCCAAGCAAUCUGAGUUGUAAAUAUUGUACCAUUUGUCGUAGAGUUAAGGUACAUCCUACCAAAAAUAGGUUAUAGAAAAGCAUUAUUUUAAGAAAUGAUAACUAUAAUUUUUUUAUAAAUAUUUAGUUUUACAUUGUGUAGGGUUAGUAAAACUAUUUUAAAAUACUGGUUUCUUCAUUAGUGCACUUAUUCAUGUAUUUUUGUUCUGUUUUAAGACUUCAAAGGACUGAUACAUGUUUAGUAAAUGAAUUGUCAUGGUUCUACAGUAGUCAUGUUUUAAUAUCUCCAUGUAAAUUUUAAUCAGAAUUAGGUAGGUGCUUCUUAUGUUUGAUAAAGAUUAGAUGUUGUCAGACUGAUUGUAGCAUUAUGCUAAUAUUUAAAACAUUCAAUCUUUUAAGCUUUAGUCUUAACAUUAAAUUAAAUAUUACAUUUUAGUGAGUGCUUUUUCAGUAUUACAUUAAGAGUGUAAUUGUAUUAAAAUAUAAUGAGAGGAGGGUUAUAGAUAGCAAUUAGGUAAAGUUUCUUUUCUCCAAAAUAAAAUAUUCUAUUUAAAAUAAUAUGUGAUGAACAACAAGGAGUUAAUGAUUCUGAUGAUAAAAAAUAAUUUCUUUUUUGAGUUAUGUAUUUUCUCAAGAAAUACAAUAUAUUUCUUGUGAAAUAGUUAAAAGAAAAAAAAAACUACACACACACACACACACACACACACACACACACACACACACACACACACACACACACACACACACACACACACACACACACACACACACACACACACACACACACACACACACACACACACACAAUAUUGUACUAUUCAUUGUUAUGGACAACUCACUAAAUAGGAGUAUUCAAUAUCAUAAAUUUAUUUGAUUAAUAACAAUAAAGUUGUCUGACAAUAGAAUCUUUGAUUCUGAAAGGCCUCACAAAAUUAAAUUAAUUUUGGAAUUUUUACUAUUCGUAUUAAUAAUUAAACUGUUUGAAAAAUAUUCAAAAUUAUUGUAAGGCUAUAGUAUUGGCUGACCAUUAAAUUUAAAGUUAAUAAUUAUUAAUUUUACUACUAUAACGUCUUUGUACAGAAAGUUUGAACAGUUAAAAUGUCUGAUUUACAAAUAUAGCAUUAUAAUCCCGUCUGAUAUUUAUUAAGAUUUAAUAAAACUUCACGAACAUUAUUAAGUUUUAAUUAAUUUCCUGUUUUGAAACCAGUGUUUCUGCUUCGAGGUUAAGAAGCAUGACUAAGAUGUCAUGACUAAUUCCAGGUAUUACAGCCAAGUGAGAUUGAACUAGUCACAAGUUGGAUCUUAAUUUUGUGAAAAGAGCCUUGCUGAAUAGUAGUUGUUGUCACGUUGAUUGAAAAUAAAUAAACUUUGCAAUAUAUCACUAAAAUGAAAUUCAGUCCUUAACAUUUUUAAACAUUAUCAAAGACAAAUUUUCUUUUUAAUUCAAGAUUUUUACAAAGUAUCAGCACAAAACAUAUUUUUAAUACAUUUGUAUGAAAGAAUAGAUUUUUGAAACCGAGUCUUUCAAGUUUGGCCAUUUGACUGAGAAUUUAUUAGUUAAGUUGCAGUUUGUCACUUUCUGUCACUACACAGUACACAGGCUGUAUCAGUCAAUAUUCCAUAGUACUCUAGUGUCGCAUUUUACCAUUAUAAAGUGCAUUUAUUUUUCCAGUUUUUAUUAUUUUUUACAACUAUUUACUUGUUAUUUGAUUUCGGUGCUUUGUUUUACCACUAUAUAUUGUGUUUUGUGUAAUUUUGUGAAUCGUAAUGAUAGACCUAAAUUUGUAGUUGUAAUCGUUAUUGUACUUUUUUAGGUUUUGAAUUCCAAGAAAUAUGUGUUAAUUAUAUAUUUCCAACAUCGUCA